AUGGCGGGGUUGGGUGCGACAGGGGAGGAGAAGAAUGGGGGAGGGACGAAGGAGGGAGAGGCGAGGGAGGAGGAGGGCAAGAAAGAAAGCACAAAGGACAAGGAGCAGAAGAUCCCUCAAGCCCCCGUCAGCAAGAGCAAGCAAGCUCAACUCAAGGUGGAGACAACGGUACACAACUUGCAGGCGACCCUCGAGCAUCUGAGGGGACGUUGGGAGAUUCGAAAGGAAGAGAUCGAGUGGGGAAGGUACCUCAGUCAAGGGGCAAACGCAGUUGUUCACAUCUGCACCAUCCGUGGGACGACAACCUGCGUGGGCAAGAAGAUGAAGAAUAACAUGAAGGCUGGGUGCCAAGCAUACAAGGACUUGAUGAUGGAGAUGGACGUGCUUGCUUCGAUCCCACAUCAUCCCAACGUGGUUCAGUUCCUCGGAGCUUGCAUCGAAGACAUUGAAAACCCUGUGAUGUUCGAGGAGUACGUCAACGGCCCAACGCUUGAGUCGAUCUUCGGCUGGAGCCUUGACCUGCUCCGGGCCCUCGACUUUCUGCAUUGCCGAAACCCAAUGAUUAUCCAUCGGGACGUGAAACCUGCCAACCUGAUCUUGAGCAAGGACCUCAAUAUUAUGAAGCUCAUGGACUUCGGCAUGAGCAAGGCCGUGUCCUUGUCCGAGCGUGAAACUUCGAUUCACAGCGGCUUUACCGGGACCCCGCUCUACAUGGCGCCAGAGGUCAUGCUGACGACUGUGGGCCACUACACCGAGAAGGCAGACAUCUACAGCGCUUCCUUCGUCAUGUGGUACAUCGCCGUUGGCAAGCGGCCGACCUCCCUCUCGCCCGACAAGCUGGUUGGUAUUUUUGAUCGUCGUGGAAAGUGGACGAGUAGACGCUCGAAGUGA